AUGGGAGGAGGGUUGUUGAACGAGGGCGCCGCGCGCCGAGGGCGCCGCACGCCGAUCCCCUGGGGCUCGGGUUACCGGCCCGUGUCGCGGAACGCGCCCUUGGCACCUCCAAGCGCCGCCAGCGACGAAGCGCAGGAGUCUUCGCCGGAGGGCUUGAAGGAUUCGUUCCCUCAGGAUCGCCACGACUCGAGCAGUAAUGGCAACCCUCGUAUCCCUCACCUCUCCUCGGCGGGACAGCAUCUCUACAGUCCCGCGCCGCCUCUCUCGCACACCGGGGUUGCAGAGUACCAGCCGCCUCCGUACUUCCCGCCGCCUUACCAGCAGCUGGCAUACUCGCAGUCCGCCGACCAUUACUCGCACCUGGGCGAGGCUUACGCUGCCGCCAUCAACCCCCUGCACCAGCCCGCGGCCACCGGCAGCCAGCAGCAGGCCUGGCCCGGCCGACAGAGUCAGGAGGGCUCUAGCCUGGCCUCGCACCACAGCCGCUCUGCAGGUCUUCUACCCCAUAUUUCGGGGCUGGAGGGGGGCUCGGUGAGUGCCCGGCGGGAAGCCUACCGCCGUUCCGAUCUGCUGCUGCCUCAUGCGCACGCCCUGGAAGCCGCCGGCCUGGCUGAGAACCUGGGGCUGCACGAGAUGGCUCACCCUAUAGAGGAGGUGCAGAAUGUGGACGACCCGCACCUGCUUCUACACGAUCAGACUGUCAUCCGCAAAGGGCCCAUUUCACUGACCAAGAACCCUUUGGGUCUCCCCUGUCAGAAGGACCUGGUGGGAGCGGUCAUGAACCCUAGCGAGGUCUUUUGCUCCGUCCCUGGGAGGCUGUCCCUGCUCAGCUCCACAUCUAAGUACAAAGUAACAGUGGCUGAGGUACAGAGGCGACUGUCACCACCGGAAUGCCUAAAUGCAUCGCUCCUGGGAGGCGUGCUCAGAAGAGCAAAAUCCAAAAAUGGUGGCCGGUCCUUGAGGGAGAAGUUGGAUAAAAUCGGGUUGAACCUUCCGGCUGGGAGACGGAAAGCUGCCCACGUCACUCUCCUCACGUCUCUGGUGGAAGGGGAAGCCGUCCACCUGGCGCGGGACUUCGCCUAUGUCUGCGAGGCCGAGUUUCCCAGUAAGGCGGUGGCUGACUAUUUAACGAGACCGCAUCUUGGGGGCCGGAACGAGAUGGCCGCUAGGAAGAGCAUGUUGCUGGCUGCACAGCAAGUGUGCAAGGAAUUCACUGACCUCCUCCAUCAAGAUCGAACACCCAACGGGAACAGCAGGCCCACCCCGGUCCUGGAGGCGAACAUACAAAACUGUUUGUCUCAUUUCAGCCUGAUAACUCAUGGCUUUGGUAGCCAGGCCAUCUGCGCGGCGGUCUCCGCGGUGCAGAAUUAUAUCAAGGAGGCCCUCAUCGCCAUCGACAAGUCCUACAUGAACCCGGGGGACCAGAGUCCGGCUGACUCCAGCAAGACGAUAGAGAAAAUGGAAAAGCACCGGAAGUGA